AUGUGUAACACUGUGUACCUCAUAAAGAUUUCAGGAAGCUUCGCCAUUCCACCACCAGUGAGACAUUAUGCUCGGGGUCCAAAGAUUAAGAAGAAAGCUCCUGAGGGCCUGUUCAGCGAUCUUGCUCCAACAAUGCUGAAGAAGGAAUAUGCAGAUAUACCUCUUGCUCAAACGACCGACGAUCUCGUUAAACGACUUCUUUCAUUGGAGAUGGCAAGUAAUACUGAUAAGUUUCGACUGAAAAAGGAGCAGCUGAUAGCAAAAGUGCAGAGGGAUGAGCAUGACCGCAGCUCGGUGGAAGUCAGAGUGGCUGUUUUGACAACAAGAAUUCGAAACCUUCAGGAGCAUUUGCAAAAGCAUCAUAAGGACAAAGCUAACAAGAGGCGGAUGCUCAUGGCCAUUGACCAAAGGAAGAAGCUUUUGAAAAACCUUCGACUGGUUCACUAUGAUGCCUUUGAAAGAGUGUGUAGUCAGCUGGGCAUCACCUACACCUUCCCCCCAGAGUACUACAGACGAGUCAGUCGGCGCUGGAAGGCCAAGAAACAAUUCUCCAUUAAGCUCUACAAUGCGGUGCAGAAGCAGAAAGCAGAGCAGAGGCAGAAGAUGAGGCAGAGUUUAGCCGCCACAGAGACAGAAGCAACUGAAGCAAAAGUGACCCAGUGAAGGACAACAUACUGUAUAUUACAACAGCUAAUUCUAAAGUCUUGUCUUGACCGGCAUCUUUACUCACUUGUGGUAAUGUUGCAUGUGGUUAAAUGAGGGUUUUUUGUUUGUUUUUAUGUGUUACCAUCACACUUGCUCUUUUGUUUUUAGGUUGAUGUCAGAAUUAUCUAAAAAUGCCAAUAAAAUAUUCAAGAAAAUUAUACUGAAA